AAGGGCAGUCUAUAAAGAGGGGUGCGCCUCAGAGUUACACAAGUACAAAGCAAUCGGCCGCGACUCUGACAUAACACAAGAAAACAGAACUUAAAGCGCCAUGGCUCUCAGGACAGCUGCAACUCGCCUCUUCGCUUCUCCAAGGUGUGCUCUGGCCACCGCCUCCAGAGCACAAGGAACAGCAGUAGCAGCACAAGAUAAUGUCCAGCCAAAGAAAGCCCAGAAAGCCCCAAAAGUGCAGUUUAACUGGCGGGAUGCGUUGGAGCUGGAGGGUCUGCUGACGGAGGAGGAGGUGAUGAUCCGAGACUCCUUCCGGGACUACUGCCAGGACAAGCUCAUGCCCCGCGUCCUCAUGGCCAACAGGAACGAACAUUUCCACAGAGAGAUUGUCAACGAGAUGGGGGAUCUCGGUGUACUGGGCCCAACUAUUCAAGGAUAUGGCUGUGCUGGCGUCAGCUACGUGGCGUACGGCCUGAUUGCCAGGGAGGUGGAGCGGGUGGACAGCGGCUACCGCUCCGUGAUGAGCGUCCAGUCCUCGCUGGUCAUGCACCCCAUCAACGCCUACGGCACCACUGAACAGAAGGAGAAGUACCUGCCCAGACUCGCUCGUGGUGAGAUCCUGGGCUGCUUCGGCCUGACGGAGCCCAAUCACGGCAGCGACCCCAGCAGCAUGGAGACCCGCGCCAAGUACAACCCCUCCAGCCGCACCUUCACCAUCAGCGGAGCCAAGACAUGGAUCACCAACUCCCCCAUGGCCGACGUGUGCGUGGUGUGGGCCAAGUGCGAGGACGGCAAGGUGCGCGGCUUCAUCCUGGAGCGCGGCAUGAAGGGCCUGGCCACGCCCAAGAUCGAGGGCAAGUUCUCGCUGCGCGCCUCCAUCACCGGCAUGAUCCUCAUGGACGAGGUGGAGGUGCCCGAGGAGAACCUGCUGCCACAUGUCUCGGGGCUCGGAGGUCCAUUUGGUUGCCUGAACAACGCCCGCUAUGGUAUUGCCUGGGGAGCACUGGGAGCCGCCGAGUUCUGUUUCCACGCAGCCCGCCAGUACACCUUGGACAGAAUCCAGUUUGGCGUGCCGCUGGCCAGAAACCAGCUGAUGCAAAAGAAGAUGGCAGACAUGCUGACAGAAAUCACCCUCGGCCUGCAGUCCUGCCUUGCUCUGGGCAGGCUCAUUGAUGAGAAGAGGGCGGCACCCGAGAUGAUCUCCAUGCUGAAGAGGAACAGCUGUGGCAAGGCCCUGGACAUCGCCAGGCAGGCGCGCGACAUGCUGGGCGGCAACGGCAUCGCCGACGAGUACCACAUCAUCCGCCACGUCAUGAACCUGGAGGCCGUCAACACAUACGAGGGAACCCAUGACAUUCACGCCUUGAUCCUGGGACGUGCCAUCACGGGAUUGCAGUCAUUCACCGUUGACAACUGAGCUCAUAGGAAGUGGAAUCAUCCAACUGUCUCAUCUCUCCUCUCCUCACUUGAAGCCACAACAGAACCUCAGUGACUUUAAUUGGUACUUCAGUUCUUUGAAGUGCCUCUAAAUGUUGUGCAUUGCACUCUUACAGUAAAGUUUUUGUUUUUGUUUGAAAAAACUGGGUCCAAGCUUUGAUACUAGUGCCUCAAGUGAUGUAGCUGUUUUCCUGGUUGAGUUUACAGAUCAGCCAUGAGCCAUGGAUUUUAAAACAAUAAAACAACAAACAACACCGUUUUAUAAACAAAAAUAAAACAACACCGUUUUAGAUUUCUAUGGAGUUGUAAAAAGUUUUUAAAAAAAACAAUAGCACUUUAUAGGACUGCAGUGUAGUCUUAGCGAAGCAUUCUGUGUGGAUGGCCACCUGACACAUGAUCAUUUUUUUUUCAAAUGUCAUUUAAGAUAUCUCAAUCUUAACAAACAUAUCAAGACUGUAUAAGUGUGAAGCUAAGUGUGGUGUCAACAUUUAACUGAACUUCCGAUAAGUAAUGUUUUUAACAUUGGCAAAAUAUGCUACUGUGAUGAUCAACUUGAUUCUCUUUAUUUAUUUGCCGUGUUCAGUUUCUAACUUUGUCUUAAUUGAUCUUAUCCAUUAAGACUGUACAAAUAGUCAUCAUUUCUUGCCAUUCUGUGACGUGCGUUAUAGAGGGUAAGAAAAGCAAUUUUAGUGAGUUUUUUGUGUUAAAGGAAAGAAAAUAUUUUCCAUUGACUUACAACACUGUUUAUUGCAGAAAUGUAUACAUGCUUGUGCUGUCCAGGUGUGAUAUUAAAGGGCAAUACAACACA